AUGGCCGCCUUGCUGACAAUGCACGACUAGAUUCCGGUCUAUCAGAUUACCACUCGCAGAGCGGACGGAGAGGGGAUGGCGAGAUGUCCACUUUUGGUCGACAAGGCGCUAUAGAAAGUGCAAGGAAAGGUGAUUGGUCAGCAGCAGCUACGGCCUCGUCAAAGUCGAUGGACGAUCUGGCACUACUGUUGGCUAGUCAAAGAGGGAUCGUCUCUCCACUGCGUCAGCAGCCUCUGCGCAUGGUGCCAGCGUCUACAGUCCCGCCGGCGGCGCAUGCUCCGUCAGCACGACACGGUCUGGACUUUGACGAUAUUCGCAAGUCUGUCUUCAAGAGCUGGGGCAUCCAGAGCGCAAGUGAUCCGUCAAAGCUACAAGCCACGGCCACCAGUCGUGCUGGCUCGUACACUGGUGGGCUGCACCCUCUCAAAAUGUUCUUGCCCAUCCCACUUGCCAGCGGCUUGCCGGGCGGGCCGAAGAGGCUGCGCAAGCUCAAGGUGUCAUUCAUACCCUUUGCAAGCGAGUCGUCCAUGCAAACACCAGAGACGACUGUCAAGCCGUCACACACAUCAAUGGGCAGUCGCUCGUCGCAAUCAUCAGCGAAAUUGACACCUCAUCUGGCAGGGAAUGAGUUUGCAGCAAUGCCACGCUCACCCGCAAGCCCACGUAGAGGUGGCUCUCGAUGGCCCCACGAGGUAUGCCGUGUGCCGAGCCGCAGCGUCAACAUCGAUGCGUUUCGCAUCAACGCGCAGGUUUUACUGCCUCCGGGCGAGACGAGUUGCAAAGAUGGUUCACUAACCGACGAUGGGCUACCGGAGCCAAUGUCCUUCCCGGUUGUACUUGCAGUCUGCGACUCGCAGCGCAAUCUCGAGCUGUUCCCCGAGGGCUGGGCGGCCCUCGGCUUGGGCGGAGGCCCAAUCGAAGCAGAGGCGAAGCCCGAAGAGCUGGCCACAAAUCCCAAAUUCGAAUCGGUCCACCCCAUGCUUGGUGUCACAGAUUUAAUCAUCGCUGGCUGCGCGGCUAUUAUGGAUCUUUAAUCGUCUUGUACUAAGCAAAGUGUUGUACUGGAUACUGAGGGCAAGUCACUUUUACGAAGU